GGUUCCAGGACCCAGCCGUGAAGCGCAUGCUGAGCAAGCUGCAGAACAUAGACAAGGCGGCCCUACCCCAGGACGAGCUCUGGGAGGUGAUGGACGGAGCCCCCACGUCUCCAGGCAUAUGGUCCCCACCCCAGGGGUGGCUGGGCUGGCUGGGUGUGAAGCCAGAGCAUCCGGGCAGGAGGGAGGUUGUCAGGAAGGACCAGAGCUUCUUCUGGGGGAGAAGGGAAAUGGCGGCUGGAGGGAAGAUACCUCAGACAGGCUUGGCCCUUCCAGCUAGAGGGGCUACCACUGGGGGUGGGCCCAAGGGCACAGGCCUGCCCUAGGUGACACCUGCCCCCAGUACAAUGAGCUUCUGGCCUACAUGGAGACGACAUACAGCAUGGCCCAGAUGUGCUUGAAUGAGGGACCCUGCCAACCCCUGGAGCCUGGCAACAUGUGGGCUCAGUCUUGGGUCAACAUCCUAGACCUGGUCCUGCCCUUCCCAAAGAAGCCCCCUGAGGAUGUCACAAAGAUCAUGAAAAGCCAGCGCUGCAAGCCCUUGAAAAUGUUUGAAGAGGCUGAAAAAUUCUUCACCCACCUGGGGCUGCUCUCCACCCCUCCCAACUUCUGGAAAACUUCAGUGAUGGAAAGGCCAACGGAUGGGCGUGAUGUGGAGUGCCACGCCUCUGCCUGGGAUUUCUACAAGGCAAGGACUUCAGGUGCCAACCCAGCCUUUGAAGAGGCCAUGGGGUCGAUGGUUACCCUUUCGGCCUCCUCCCACAAACACCUGCUCAAUAGAGGCCUGCUCAGCCACCAGCACCAGGACUCAGAGGAGGAGGUCAAUUUCCUGAUGGGCAUCGCCCUGGAGAUUGCCUUCAUCCCUUUCGCCUACCUGAUGGACCUGUUUCGCUGGAAAGUCUUUGAUGGCACCAUCCAGGAGAACGUCUACAACCAGGAGUGGAGGAACCUCAGGUUGAAGUACCAGGGCCUGUGCCCCCCUAUCCCUCGGACAGAGGAUGACUUUGAUCCUGGCGCCAAGUUCCACAUUUCUGCUAGCGUGCCCUACAUAUGGUACUUCAUCAGCCUAGUGCUCCAGUUCCAGUUCCAUGAGGCUCUGUGCAAGGCCUCGGGCCAUGCAGGACCGCUGCACCAGUGUGACAUCUAUAACUCCAAGAUAGCUGGGAAGCUCCUGGAGGAUGUUCUAAAGCUGGGAUCAAGCAAGCCUUGGCCAGAAGUCCUGCAGAAAAUAACCAGGCAGACCGAAGUGUCUGCAAAGGCCCUCAUGACUUACUUUAAGCCACUCUUGAACUGGCUGGUCACUGAGAAUGUGCGGCAGGGGGAGAUCCUGGGCUGGCCAGACUUCAGCUGUUCCUUUGAAGAAAAAUACACAGACAAGGUGACAUUUCUGAGUCUGGAGCUGGAUGCUGACCAGGUCAAAUCUGGGCAGUGGGUGCUGCUGGCCCUCAGCUUUGUCAUAUUCCUGGUGGCCCUACUGCUGGCCUGCAGGUUGUACUCUCUGGAAAAAAGGUCACUGUCCCAGAACACCAAGACACAGAACACCAGUUUGCAGGACUCCAGUGCACUCGAGGCACAGCCCAAGGCCUACUUCCUGGGCAUAUCCAUGGAGCCCCGCCUAGUAGCCCAAAGACAGUGGAUCCUGCUGGGCCCCUGCCUCAUCCUGAUGCUGUGCUCAAUCAGCCUGAUCAUUCGAAUUUUCACACAGCACAACAAGAAGCCUCCGUGGAGGAGAGCUGAAUGGUGGAGCUGGGACUAGACACCAGUAUGACUGCCAUCCUGCACCCCCACACAAGGGGCAAUCAGGACAACUUGGCCCCACUAGGAGACUACACUUGCAGCCCUCCCAUUCUCCAGCCACAGUGGCCAGCCAGGCCCCCAUCAGGCAUUGUGGCUCUGCAUGGCAAAGGCACACCUAGCCCAGAACUGCAAGCCUCUCAUCUGGAGUCCAGCGAAAACCUCACUGAGACUUUUUGUCCAUUCUCUCUUCCCCACCUGCCAUUGUAAAAUUUCUUUCACUGGAAUGUUUCCUUUGUGUCUAACUGCUCAAGAACUUGGUUGUUCAGCAAUUAUAUCUAGAUGUUCAAAAUGGCAUCUGAGGGUCUUAUCAAUUUCCCUUUUGUCCAAACUUCACCUCUCCUAUGCCCCAGCUCAGUCCCUUUACACUGAUUCCACCAUUGGCCUUUGCCUAAGGUAUAGGCCAUAUUUGAAUGUUUGCCUUCCAAGGCCUGACUCAAAACUGGUCUUUGGACCCUCUACAAAGUUCCAAGACCACCGAAAGCUCAGUGAACAGUGAUCCCUUUCUCUCUUCUCCAAGAAACCUCUUUCAAUAAACC